UGUAACAAUGAAUUCUCUCGACUAAGGUGAUUGUCUUUUCUUUCUCUCUCUGCCAAUAUUUUGCAGCCUCAACUCAGACUGAAAGAUAUCAGUAUACUGUCAUAAUCCACAAUACUACUACUACUACUAGUACUACUAUUAAUAAUAACAAUAGCCUUUCACUUCAUCCAAUCACACCCACACCAUCUCUUCAUUCACUGUUCCUGAUUUUCACUUCUUUCUUUUCUAUUCUUUUCAUCUAUUCUUCUCCAUCCUUUCAUCUCCUUCUUUCCUCAGUCUUUACAGAAAAAAGCAGUAAAAAAGAAAAGAAAAAUAUAGACUCCUAUUAUCUUUCUUGUUGUAGUGAUGGCUGAAGGAUUUGAACCAUAUCAUGUCCCACAACAAAGUAGAAGAGAUAAACUUCGAGUUUUAGUUGAUGAUAAUCUCCAACUCCAAAAUUAUGCUCCUUAUUACGAUCCAUCAAUUAUACCAUCAGAUUUGCCAACUUUUCAAGAAAUUAAUGGCACCCCAUUUCUUUAUACACCUCAAAACCUAAGAUUUCUUGAUCAAUCUCUCCGUACUAGUAGUGAAAUUAUGGUGCAUAAUAGUAGUAAUAAUAAUACAAAUGGUCAAGGUUUAUCUUUGUCUUUGUCAUCUCUUCAUCACAACAGUACUACAAAUCAUGACUUGUUGUCAAAGAGUAGUUGUGUUCCACUUGGACCUUUUACGGGGUACUCUUUAAUUCUAAAGAGAUCAAGGUUUUUGAAGCCUGCACAAUUGUUGUUGGAAGAAUUAUGUGAUGUGGGUAGAGAAAAAUUAGCAGCUGAUGAUUCCAAUUUAAUGGAUUUUCCACAUGAGAAUAUUGUUGUUGAUCGACAAGAUUGUAGUAAUGGAGAUGAGCAUGGGAAGAAGAAAUCCAGGUUAAUUUUGAUGCUUGAUGAGGUGUACCAAAGGUAUAAGCAGUAUCAUCAGCAACUACAGAUGGUUGUGACAUCUUUUGAAGCUGUUGCUGGACUUGGGAAUGCAGCGCCCUUUGCAAAUUUAGCUUUAAAAACGAUGUCUAAACACUUCAACUGUCUUAAAAAUGCCAUCACUGACCAACUGCAAUUUACAAACGAAUCUCGUCAUGGUCAAAGAAAUUGUGAAAGAGACCCUAUCCCUAGAGCUGGCAAAGGACUCUAUGGCCAAAAACCAGAUCAAAUCCGCAAUAAUGCUGGAUUUGCUGAUAGGACUCAACCUGUUUGGCGACCACAAAGAGGGCUUCCUGAGCGUGCAGUGACCGUUCUUAGGGCUUGGUUGUUUGACCAUUUUCUUCAUCCUUACCCCACGGACACUGACAAAGUAAUGUUAGCCAAACAGACUGGCCUCUCAAGGAAUCAGGUUUGUAUAUCUCGAGUGUUUCUGUGAUCGUGAAGGAAUUAAUAUAGGAAAGGGAAUAUAAUAAAGAUUUGCAAAAGGCGUAGCUAGGAUUGUGAGUGAAUUAUAACAUAAUGGGAGAGCAGAAGCUAAAAUAUAUGGACAUAUUUCAUAUAUUUAGUGUUGGUUCCUGUUGCGAAAGCCAAAUGUAUAUAGUGUGAAUAAGUCACAACUACUAUAUCAAAAAUUAUAACAGCCACCAAAUAAUAU